AAAAAUUAUUAUCUGGAUUUUCGUGGAGUCUGUUUGAUACUCGUACUCCUCACACAUUGCACACUCUUCCAGUUCCCGCCGGAUCAAGGAUGCUGAGAUCCCGGCGUCGGCCCCGUUACGGCGCCACCCUCUGCUGCGCCCUCAUCUCCGCCCUCCUCCUUCUCUUAUCCGUCUCCCUCCUUUACUCCCGUCUCUCCUCCUCUACCUCCACCUCCCAGAACGACCCCAUCCUUCUCUCCGACUCCUCCUCCGAUUCCGCCACCACCUCGACCGAGGCGGACGACGACCGGAUCGACGAGCUCGACAUCGUUGAAGAAAAUGCUGCCGCUGACACCACUAAGAAUGAUGACCAGGACAAUGACGACGACGAUGCGGAGCAGGACCCCGAUCACUCCGCUGCCUCCACAUCGACCUACUUCUACGAUCACGUUGCCGGGGUGAUCCGAAUGGGGUUCAAGAAGCGAUCCAUUGACGACUGGGACGAUGACUUGUCGAGCGGGGCAUUCGGCCUCGGAUCCUUCCCCGAGGAAGGGAGCAAGGGAGCCUUUGCAACGGAUGACCUCCCAGUGGAUGACGGCCUCAGGAGGAAGGUGAGUGAGGUGGCGAGUGUCGAGGAUGCGCUGUUGUUGAAGGUGAAUCGGAGGGUAUCCGUGCUUAGGGAGGGCUGGGGGGACUGGUUUGAGAAGAAGAGCGAGUUCUUGAGGAAGGAUAGGAUGUUUAGGUCUAGCUUAGAGGUUUUGAAUCCCAUGAAUAAUCCGCUUUUGCAGGACCCAGAUGGAGCCGGGGUGUCCGGUUACACUAGAGGGGACAAGUUGGUGCAGAAAUGGUGGUUGAAUGAGUUCAAAAGAGUCCCGUUUUCAGUCAAGAAGCAGCUUUUAGAGGUUUCGGAAAGUAACGGCAUUAGGAAUCCUCAGGAAAAUGGUGAUAAUAUUUUUAAGGUUGGGGAUGGUGAAUCGGAGAGCCGGAAUCAGGCCAGGAGGGUGGAGCGGAGGACGUUAGAUGAUGAUUUGGAUAAUGGUUCUAACGAGAUGAAGGUUAACGGUGAAGGUAGUCGGAGCAAGACAAGACAAAAUUCUGAGGCUAGAAGGAACUCCGAGUUUGAGGGUCAUUUGUAUGCAGAUGGCAGGAGAUGGGGUUAUUAUCCUGGCCUACGUCCUCACCUGUCUUUCACAGAUUUCAUGGACGCAUUUUUCAGGAAGGGCAAAUGUGAUAUCAGAGUUUUCAUGGUGUGGAACUCACCCCCUUGGAUGUUUAGUGUUAGGCAUCAGAGAGGGCUCGAGAGCCUGCUCAUACAACACUCGGAUGCUUGUGUUGUUGUGUUCACCGAGACAAUUGAGCUUGACUUUUUCAGAGAUAGCUUUGUGAAAGAUGGGUAUAAAGUUGCUGUAGCUAUGCCAAAUCUCGAGGAACUAUUGAAGGACACUCCAGCCCAAAUUUUUGCAUCUGUGUGGUUCGAAUGGAGAAAGACUAAGUUUUAUCCAACUCAUCUUAGCGAGCUAGUUCGCCUUGCCGCCUUGUACAAAUAUGGAGGGAUUUAUCUAGAUUCUGACAUUAUUGUGCUGAAACCAUUAUCUUUGCUCAACAACACUCUAGGACGGGAGGAUCAAAUUGAUCGACUUUCUCUCAAUGGUGCUGUCAUGGCAUUCAGAAAGCAUAGUCCCUUUCUGAUGGAUUGUUUGAAAGAAUAUUAUUCCACAUAUGACGAUACUCGUUUGCGAUGGAAUGGAGCUGAUCUCUUGAGAAGAGUGGCUGAAAAGUUUUUAACUAAAGGUGGGAGAAACAACGAUCAGUCAGAGUUCAAAGUGCAACCCUCUUUCGUAUUCUUCCCAAUAAGCUCUCAGAACAUUACGAGAUACUUCAAUUCACCGUUCACGGAUUCGGAGAGGAGCCUUCAGGAUGAUCUAUUCAUGAAGAUACUGCACCAGUCUAUCACAUUUCAUUUUUGGAACAGCUUGACUUCUGCUCUUGUUCCAGAGCCGGGAAGUCUGGCAAGCAGGCUUAUUAACAACGCCUGCCUCCAUUGCUCUGAUGUCUUGUAAGUUUUCACCGGUCCAUAUAGAAUUUAACUGACAGGAUUUUGGCGGGCGUAUAAUGUUUGUGGUAUGUAAUUGUACAGUUAUUACAUUGAAAUCACUAGGAAUUAGCUUCAACAAAUGAAAUGAAAUAGUUUUGCUUUUUGUUCUGUCCUGUUGAAAUGAUUGGGGAGUUGAUUUUAGGGCUCAGGCAGAGAAGGCCUCAAUUGCUGUAAUUCCAGUUUUUAAGACACUGGCUACGUCUGUAGGGUCUGUAUAAACUAUUUUUGUAUGUUAAAAAGAUUCAUGAGCUGCUUUUCUA